AGACCCAAGAUGACCCCACCCGAACCACCAAAUUUCCAUCUCUUCUCCAACCCGUUGGAAAUUAAAUUCAGUAAAUGGUAGUCAAAUUCUUCAGCUUCACUUCUCCUUCACCUUCCUCGUUUUUCGACGUCGCAUGCGAUAGAUUAAGUCGCGAAGAAUCGCCGUAAUUCCGUUUUUUAGUUGUUAGAAGCUUAAAUUAUAAUGUGUCACCAAAGCUCCUGUCCGUCUGUGACUGUGGAAGAUGAUGUUGCAGCUGAAGAAUGCCUCUUAGUAUACUGCAAACCUGUUGAAUUGUAUAAUAUAUUGCAACGCCGUGCUCAUCAUAAUCCUUCAUAUCUUCCUAGAUGCUUGAACUACAAAAUUGAGGCAAAAUGGAAAACAAGAAUGAUGGAUGGAAAUGUGAUCUUCAAUUAUAGAGAUCAUGGCCGCCUACUUAAGAAAACCGAAGUUACAAGACAAUUUUCAUGUCCUUUUUGCCUGAUGAGAUGUGGAAGCUUCAAGGGUCUUCGUUUUCAUUUGAUCACAUCACAUGACCUUUUCAGAUAUGAAUUCUGGACAACUGAAGAGUAUAAAGCCAUCACUGUCUCUGUCAAGACGGAUGGACUACAUUCAGAGAGCACUGCAGGUGGAAUUGAGUCUCGGUUGCAAUCAUUUGAUUUCUGCUCAAGGCCUCGAAAGCGCAAACACCCUGAAGAUCCUGAAGAGAACGGAAAAUAUGUAUACCCACAUGUGUUGGAGACAGCCUUGCCUGCACUGGCCACUGAGAGUAAUGAGGGUGAGAAAGAUCCCAGUGCAUAUCCAAUGUCGCAUAAUCCGAGAAUAGGGGAUUUAUGUUAUUCCUUUGAUAAUGGCAAUGUCAAUGGCUUGGAUUCUGUUGCAGCUGAGGAUAAUCCAGGGGUCCCAGUCGCUAGAGCUCAGUCCCUAGAAGACAUAGACUGCGUCCAAAGCACAUGUGGAGAUAAAAAUAUGUCUUUAACACUUCCGCCAGCUGCAAAGUCGAGAAAGCUCUCCUCUGAGCGGACAGAGCCUCGAAGCUCUAUGCUCCUGCAGAAACGGCAGUUUUACCAUUCUCACAGAGCUCAGCCAAUGGCUCUGGAUCAAGUAUUGUCAGACAGGGAUAGUGAGGAUGAAGUGGAUGAUGAUAUUGCUGCUCUUGAAGAUAGAAGGAUGCUUGAUGAUUUUGUGGAUGUAAGCAAAGACGAAAAACACCUAAUGCAUCUAUGGAACUCAUUUGUAAAAAAGCAAAGGGUUUUGGCUGAUGGUCAUGUUCCCUGGGCAUGUGAAGCAUUUUUGAGACUCCAUGGCAAGUUGUUGGUUCAAUCCCCUGCUCUCUUCUGGUGUUGGAGGUUUUUUAUGGUCAAACUCUGGAAUCAUGGUCUUCUUGAUGCAUGCACUAUGAAUAAUUGCAGCAUGAUUCUUGAUAAACAGCGAGAUGAAGAUUCGAGAAAUGGAGAAAUGCUUGAAGAGAAACAAAUAUGAGUCUAUGGAGAUGAUAUUCAUCCAAACUCGAAAACCAGGGAAUAUUGUCAUCCAAACUUUAUGUUGUAGUCUCCUUUGGCGAAAAUGUUGAUCGCCAUAUAUUGUUUGGCCUUUGUUUGUAGAUUCAUUAGUACCAUUCACAUUCAAAGAAGGGUGUUUGCACCCUAUAGGCGAGGGAGUUAGCAAAGAUGCUUAGACUAAUACUCAAGAGUCGAGAGUGUCAGCAUAGCCGGAGUGGUGAUCAUUGACUCUAUUGAUUAUCUUACAGGGUAUGUGUAUUCUUUAUGCUCUGUCAAUUGAGAUAUUCGUAUUUAUCCAAUCUAUUAGUUUCCUCUGUGUAAA